AUGUCUUCAGUUGAUGUACUGUUAACAGUAGGUAAGUUGGAUGCCUCAUUGGCGUUACUGACUACUCAGGAUCAUCAUGUUAUUGAGUUUCCUACAGUAUUAUUACCAGAAAAUGUUAAAGCUGGAUCUAUCAUAAAAAUGCAAGUUUCACAAAAUUUAGAGGAGGAAAAAAAACAAAGGAAUCAUUUUAAGAGUAUACAAGCCAAAAUUUUGGAGAAGUAUGGUACCCAUAAACCGGAGAGCCCAGUUUUGAAAAUUGUUAACGUUACGCAAACGAGCUGUGUUCUAGCAUGGGAUCCAUUGAAACUUGGCUCAGCAAAAUUGAAAUCACUGAUCCUUUAUAGGAAGGGAAUACGUUCAAUGGUAAUUCCAAAUCCAUUCAAAGUGACUACCACGAAAAUAUCCGGUCUUUCCGUUGAUACGCCAUACGAAUUUCAAUUGAAACUGAUAACCACGUCAGGAACAUUAUGGUCUGAAAAGGUUAUAUUGCGUACACAUAAGAUGACUGACAUGUCUGGUAUCACUGUAUGUUUGGGUCCAUUGGAUCCAUUGAAAGAAAUUUCAGACUUACAGAUAUCCCAAUGUUUGUCUCACAUCGGGGCGAGACCUUUACAACGUCAUGUUGCGAUAGAUACUACGCAUUUUGUCUGUAACGAUCUAGACAAUGAAGAAAGCAAUGAAGAGCUUAUAAGGGCAAAACAUAACAACAUACCAAUUGUCAGACCGGAAUGGGUGAGAGCUUGUGAGGUUGAGAAAAGAAUCGUUGGUGUUAGAGGAUUUUACUUAGAUGCAGAUCAAAGUAUACUGAAAAACUACACAUUCCCACCAGUUAAUGAGGAAGAACUUUCGUACUCAAAGGAGAAUGAGCCGGUAGCCGAAGUAGCGGAUGAAAAUAAGAUGCCCGAGGACACAACAGAUGUCGAACAGGUUGCAUCACCUAAUGACAAUGAGAGUAAUCCUUCAGAAGCUAAGGAACAAGGAGAAAAGAGUGGACAUGAAACUGCCCCAGUAAGUCCUGUAGAAGAUCCAUUGCAUGCUUCGACGGCUUUGGAGAAUGAAACCACCAUCGAAACCGUCAACCCCUCCGUAAGAAGUUUGAAAAGCGAACCUGUUGGUACUCCCAAUAUAGAGGAAAACAAAGCGGACUCUUCCGCAGAAGCCGUGGUAGAAGAACCGAAUGAAGCUGUGGCUGAAAGUUCUCCAAAUGAAGAAGCAACGGGACAGAAAAGUGAGGAUACCGAUACACAUUCUAACGAACAAGCUGAUAAUGGAUUUGUACAGACUGAAGAAGUAGCUGAAAACAACAUAACCACAGAAAGUGCAGGGGAAAAUAACGAACCUGCAGAUGAUGCAGCAAUGGAAUUUGGACGUCCAGAAGCUGAAAUUGAAACUCCAGAAGUAAAUGAGUCUAUAGAAGAUGCCAAUGAACCUGCGGAGGAUUCCAAUGAACCUGUGGAGGAUUCCAACAAACCUGUGAAGGAUUCCAACAAACCUGUGGAGGAUUCCAACAAACCUGUGGAGGAUUCCAACAAACCUGUGGAGGAUUCCAACAAACCUGUGGAGGAUGCCAAUGAACCUGUGGAAGAUACCAGUGAACCUGUGGAGGAUGCCGGUGAACCCGUACAAGAAACCAACGAGUUUACUACCGACAUUGCCUCUCCAAGACAUCAAGAAGAAGAUAUAGAACUUGAAGCCGAACCUAAAGAUGCUACCGAAAGUGUUGCAGUCGAGCCAUCCAAUGAAGAUGUAAAACCAGAAGAAAAAGGUUCAGAGGCAGAAGACGAUAUCAACAACGUUUCCAAGGAGGCUGCCUCUGGUGAGAGUACUACCCACCAAAAAACUGAGGCCUCUGCUUCUCUUGAAAGCAGUGCCGUCACGGAAGAACAAGAGACAACGGAAGCCGAAGUAAAUACAGAUGACGUUUUGUCCACUAAAGAAGCUAAAAAAAAUACUGGCAACAGCAACAGUAAUAAGAAGAAGAAUAAGAAGAAUAAGAAGAAAGGGAAAAAGAAAUGA